GUGGGCUGCGCCCUCCGCUCCGACCCAUUCCACACCCCUCAGAACGCAGACACUGUCAGAGUAGGGAGGGGGACAAAGGUACCUAGCCCCUUUCUGCUCAGAAAAGCAAAGGGAGGUCGUGGGCCGUUUCGCAGCCGCUGGCUCUUCACUCCUAGACCAUGCACCCCUGCCUCUGCCGGCCCGGCCCCAGGAGAGGACUCGAUUUCUCGAGCUGAGGGCUCAAACUUUUGUAUUUUCCUUUUCCCCGACAACUGAAUCAUGCCAUGUGCCCAGAGGAGCUGGCUUGCCAACCUUUCCGUUCUUGCCCACCUCCUUAACUUUGGGACGCUCUGCUAUGGGCGACAGCCUCAGCCAGGCACGGUUCGCUUCCCGGACAGGAGGCAAGAACGUUUUCUCCAGGCCCUGCCUGAGUACCAUGUGGUGGGUCCUGUCCAAGUGGAUGCUAGUGGGAAUUUCAUCUCCUAUGGCCUGCACCACCCCAUCACCAGCAGCAGGCGGAAGAGAGAUUUGGAUGACCUGGAGGACCAGGUGUACUAUAGGAUUUCACAUGAGGAGAAGGACCUGUUUUUUAACUUGACAGUCCACCGGGAAUUUCUUUCCAGUGGCUACAUCGUGGAGAGGCGGUACGGGAACCUCUCCCAUGUUAAGAUGACAGCUUCUUCCGGGCCCCACUGCCAUCUCAGGGGCACAGUUCUGCAGCAGGGUACCAGAAUCGGGACUGCAGCCCUCAGUGCCUGCCAUGGACUGACUGGAUUUUUCCAUCUACCACAUGGAGACUUUUUCAUUGAACCUGUUAAAAAUCAUCCACUGGCUGAGGGACAGUAUCACCCACACGUCAUGUAUAAGAUGCAGAGAGCUCCAGAGAUAAAGGAGCCAGCUUGCGGAUUAAACGACAGUUCCGGUAUUUUCCAGAAGCAAGAGCUCCAGAGGGAGAAGUGGGAGAGGAACCACUUGCCAAGCAGAACCAUCUCUCGGCGUUCCAUCAGCAAAGAGAGAUGGGUGGAGACUCUAGUGGUGGCCGACACGAAGAUGAUUGAGUAUCAUGGGAGUGAGAAUGUGGAAUCCUAUAUCCUCACCAUCAUGAAUAUGGUAACUGGGUUGUUCCACAAUCCGAGCAUUGGCAAUGCAAUUCACAUUGUUGUGGUUCGGCUCAUUCUACUUGAAGAAGAAGAGCAAGGAUUGAAAAUAGUGCAUCAUGCAGAGAAGACACUGUCCAGCUUCUGCAAGUGGCAGAAGAGCAUCAACCCCAAGAGUGACCUCAACCCCAUCCAUCACGAUGUGGCUGUCCUUCUCACCAGAAAAGACAUCUGUGCAGGUGUCAAUCGCCCCUGUGAGACCCUGGGUCUGUCCCACCUGUCAGGAAUGUGCCAGCCUCACCAGAGCUGUAACAUCAAUGAAGAUUCUGGACUUCCUCUGGCUUUCACGAUUGCCCAUGAGCUUGGACACAGCUUCGGCAUCCAGCAUGAUGGGAAAGAGAACGACUGUGAGCCCGUGGGCAGGCACCCGUACAUCAUGUCCCGCCAGCUCCAGUAUGAUCCCGCCCCAUUGACCUGGUCCAAGUGCAGCAAGGAAUACAUCACCCGCUUCUUGGAUCGAGGCUGGGGUUUCUGCCUUGAUGACAUCCCUAAAAAGAAAGGCUUGAAAUCCAACGUCAUUGCCCCAGGAGUGAUCUAUGAUGUUCACCACCAAUGCCAACUACAAUAUGGCCCCAAUGCUACCUUCUGCCAGGAAGUAGAAAAUGUCUGUCAGACACUGUGGUGCUCAGUGAAAGGCUUUUGCCGCUCUAAGCUGGAUGCUGCUGCAGAUGGGACAAGAUGUGGUGAGAAGAAGUGGUGUAUGGCCGGCAAGUGCAUCACAGUGGGGAAGAACCCAGAAAGCAUCCCUGGAGGCUGGGGCCGCUGGUCACCCUGGUCCCACUGCUCCAGGACAUGUGGGGCCGGAAUCCAGAGUGCAGAGAGGCUCUGCAACAAUCCUGAACCAAAGUUUGGAGGGAAGUACUGCACUGGAGAAAGAAAACGCUAUCGCUUGUGCAAUAUCCACCCCUGCCGCUCGGGUGGACCCACAUUUCGGCAGAUGCAGUGCAGUGAGUUUGACACCGUUCCCUACAAGAAUGAAUUCUACCACUGGUUUCCUGUUUUUAACCCAGCACAUCCUUGUGAACUCUACUGCCGACCCAUAGACGGCCAGUUUUCCGAGAAAAUGCUGGAUGCUGUCAUUGACGGUACCCCUUGCUUUGAAGGCGGCAACAGCAGAAAUGUCUGUAUUAAUGGCAUAUGUAAGAUGGUUGGCUGUGACUAUGAGAUAGAUUCCAAUGCCACAGAGGAUCGCUGUGGCGUGUGCCUUGGAGACGGCUCUGCCUGCCAGACAGUGAGGAAGAUGUUUAAACAGAAGGAAGGAUCUGGUUAUGUUGACAUUGGACUCAUUCCAAAAGGAGCAAGGGACAUACGGAUAAUGGAGGUUAAGGGGGCUGGGAACUUCCUGGCCAUCAGGAGUGAAGACCCAGAGAAAUAUUACCUGAAUGGAGGAUUUAUUAUCCAGUGGAAUGGGAACUACAAGCUGGCAGGGACCGUCUUUCAGUAUGACAGGAAAGGAGACCUAGAAAAACUGAUGGCCACAGGUCCUACCAAUGAGUCUGUGUGGAUUCAGCUCCUAUUCCAGGUGACUAACCCCGGCAUCAAGUAUGAGUACACCAUCCGGAAAGAUGGCCUUGACAAUGACGUGGAGAAGCUGGAGUACUUCUGGCAGUAUGGCCGCUGGACGGAGUGCAGCGCAACAUGCGGGGCAGGUGUCCGUCGACAGACUGCCCAUUGUGUAAAGAAAGGCCGAGGAGUGGUGAAAGCUACAUUCUGUGACCCAGAAACCCAGCCCAAUGGGAGGCAGAAGAAGUGCCAUGAAAAGGAUUGUCCACCCAGGUGGUGGGCAGGGGAGUGGGAAGCAUGCUCGGCGACCUGCGGGCCCCACGGAGAGAAGAAGCGAAUGGUGCUGUGCAUCCAGACCAUGGGCUCUGACGAGCAGGCUCUCCCCGCUAAAGACUGCCAGCACCUGCUGAAGCCGAAGUCCCUCGUUUCCUGUAACAGAGACAUCCUCUGUCCCUCGGACUGGACCGUGGGCAAUUGGAGCGAGUGUUCUGUUUCCUGUGGUGGUGGAGUGCGGAUCCGCAGUGUGACCUGUGCCAAGAACAGUGAUGAGCCUUGUGAUGUGACAAAGAAACCCAACAGCCGAGCUCUAUGUGGCCUCCAACAAUGCCCAUUUAGUCGGAGGGUUCUGAAACCCAACAAAAGUACAAUCUUCAAUAGGAAACAUCUACCAACACCUGAGAAAGACCCCUUAAAACCCAUUCCUCCACCUACAUCCAGUUCCAGAACGCCAACCACACCCACAGUGCUUAAGCCCAUGAGUACAAGUGCUGUGACAAUCAAGAGCCCUAGUCCUACCACAGCUUCCCAAAGAGACCUAGAUGGGAAACAGUGGCAAGAUAGUUCAACCCAAUCUGAACUGGACCCCCGUUAUCUCAGUUCCACUGGAAGUACUUCUCAGCCUACCCUCACUUCCUGGUCUUUAAGUAUCCAGCCAAAUGAAGAGAACGUUUCCAGUUCAGACACUGUUCCUACCCCUGAGGUAGACCUUUUAGCCACAACAGCAAGUGGUUCUGAUUUUUCAUCUUCCAGCAACCCUGUGAUUUGGCAGGCAACUCCAUUCUAUGAUACUUUGACCAAAGAGCCAGAAAUGGAGAUUCAUAGUGGUUCAGGGGAAGACAGUGAAAAAUCUGAGAACAAAGAUGAAAGCAACCCUGUAAUAUGGACCGACAACAGAGUACCUAGAAAUGAUACUUCAGUUGUAAGAAGUACAAAAACGCCACUUGGACCUCCAUCAACACCUUAUCUCAGGGAGGAGUCCUCAUCGCCACUCUUCAGCACUGUCAUGGAAGGACUGCUACCCAGCCAAAGGCCCACUUCUCUCAAAAAUGUUACACCUAGAGUUGAGGGGAUGUUCACUAAAAAUCCAGCUAAGACCCCACUCCUUCUGGGAGGAGAUGACCAGCCAACACCCUCAGAAAAGUCGGUAAACCAUAACCACCUAGAACUGCCAAGCAAUGUGAAUCUAACACAAAGUUCUGGACUAGCCCUGACAGAGGAGGAUGCAAUGAGCCUGAUUGCUGAGGGGUUUUUGCUGAAUGCCUCCAAUUACAAACAAGUCACUACGGGCCGCAGUCCCGCAUACUGGAUUGUUGGAAACUGGAGUGAGUGCUCCACCACCUGUGGGCUGGGAGCCUACUGGAGGACCGUGGAGUGCAGCACCCAGAUCGAUUCCGACUGUGCGGCCACUCAGAGGCCUGACCCUGCGAAGAAGUGCCACCUCCGUCCCUGUGCUGGCUGGAAAGUGGGAAACUGGAGCAAGUGCUCCAGAAACUGCAGUGGGGGCUUCAAGAUCCGGGAGAUUCAGUGCGUGGACAGCCGGGACCGCCAGAGCCUGAGGCCAUUUCACUGCCAGUUCCUGGCUGGAAUUCCUCCCCCGCAGAGCAUGAGCUGUAACACUGAGCCUUGUGAGGAGUGGCAGGUGGAACCCUGGAGCCAGUGCUCUAGGUCCUGUGGAGGCGGAGUUCAGGAGAGAGGAGUGUCUUGUCCGGGCGGCUUCUGUGACUGGACAGAAAGGCCCAUGUCCACUGUGCCCUGCAACAAGCACCCUUGCUGUCACUGGGCCACUGGGAGCUGGAACCUGUGCAGCGCUUCCUGUGGAGGUGGCCUUCAAAAGAGGACAGUCCGUUGUGUCUCCUCAGAGGACAACAGAACUGAAGACCAAAACCGGUGUCUGUGUGAUCAUGAGCCCAAACCUCCAGAAUUCCAAAAAUGUAACCAGCAAGCCUGCAGGAAGGCUGCGGAUUUACUUUGCACCAAGGACAAGCUGUCAGCCAGUUUCUGCCAGACACUAAAAACCAUGAAGAAAUGCUCCAUGCCUGCUGUGAGGGCUCAAUGCUGCGCCUCGUGUCCCCAAACUCACAUUGUUCACACCCAGAGGCCAAGAAAGCAUCAGUUGCUCAAAAGCCCCAAAUCACUCUAAGUCCAGAAGGAAGUCACCCUCCACCAUCGGCUGCAGCAGCUGCUGACCACAACACAUUCUAGCUCCAGAGGCCACUUCAUUGCGGUUUUGGUGUAUGCAUUUCGGGUCUAAGUUUGGGUCAUAAAAAACAGAUUCCACUGUGUUCUAUUAUCCCCAGAAUGCCCUCACAGAGGUAUGGGACUAUAACAUUGCUGUGCUCUGAUGUGAAGGUAAAAUACCUGGGAGAGACAGGUGUCUCUGGAGAUCAGUUCCUGAGAAAGGUGCUAAAUGAAGCAGGGCUGUGAAGUGAUGUCCCUUUUUUGCCCUAAAAGAUGAAAACAGAGAGACCAGCUUUUCUCCAGACUACCUCAAGAGUAUCAAGAAACAGACUCACAUUUAUCCAGGGAACAAAUAAUCUUAAUUUACCUUGUUGAAAUUGGUCUUUUUUUUCUUUGCCUGAGGCGGUUGCUAUUCAAAAUUAUCAUGAGGGAGCUUUUAGGAGCAUUCCUUUAAUUCGACCUGGCAGAGGGACUCUUUAGCCACCCUGUGUUCAACUAGAGCUGGAAGGGAAAGGCCUGGUUAUGCCCCUCAGUCAAUCCCUUAAUCCAUGUAGGACCCCAUAUCUGGGCUUUUUAGAGCCCUGGGCCUAUGUUCGGGGACUGGUGGCAUAGUGGUUAGGUGUUUGGCUGCCUACCAAAAGGUUGGCAUUUCAUACGCACCAUUACUUCUUGGAAACUUUACAGGACAGUUCUCUGUCAUGUAGGGUCACUAAGAGUCGGAACAGAAUUGUCGGCAAUGCGAGUUUUUUGGAGGUUUGGGCCUACUUUUAGAUAUUAGAAUAAGAGGAAAUAGUUUAAACUGCAGCCUAAGGGAUUUAGAUUAGUUACACAAAAACAUUUCUGACUUGAAAAUAAUUUCUAAAAAAAAAAAAAUUAUUUAAAAUUUUUAAUUAAAAAUAUUUAAAAUUUUAUAAAUUUCAAUUUAAUUAAAAUUUUAAAUUUAAAAAUUAAUGAGAUGUAUUUAAAUUAAAUUUAAAAAAUUAAAUAGCACUUUAAAAACUUGAAUAAUUUUUAAAUUUAAAAUCUUUCAAUUUAAAAAUUUAAAUGAACAUACCUAUUUCCUGCUAGUGUGAAAAAAGGAAACGUGGGGCCUUAUUCUUCCUCCUUUCCUGGUAAGUGCCCAUUUCUUCCCAGAAGAAGGAAUGAGUCAUCCUGUCUGCUUUCCCUCUCCUGCAGAUGCCCUGCCUGAGCCACUAACUCAAGUCUGACCCAUGAUUUUGCUGCAGGGGCUUUAUACUCAAACUGCUAUUAAAAAAAAAAAAAACCCAAACCCAUUGCUGUUGAGUCAGUUCCAACUCGUAGUGACCCUAUAGGACAGAGUAGAACCCCCAUAGGGUUUCCAAGGAGUGCCUGGUAGAUUUGAACUGCCAAACUUUAGGUUAGCAGCCAUAGCUCUUAACUACUACACCACCAGGGUUUCCCAAACUGCUAUAGCCAAACUGCAAUUUUCCCUCCUCCCUCCCAUCCCCUAGUUUGGAAAAUGGGGCCCUAGACUGAAAGGUUUCAAAGAACCUGGUAAAUUGUGCUAACUAUAAAAACUUUAUACAAACUUCUUGCCUAGAGAAAAAAAGCUUCAAAAACUGAAAGAAAGAUAGUCUACUACUCAUUACACCCGGUAGUUACUUUUAAGGGUUUUUUUUUUUUUUUUCUCCUUCCCUGUGAGCAACAGUCUGGAAACCUGAAAGGAAAGUUAGAAUGCCUCUUCUGGAUGUUUCCCCCAUCCAUCAGAAGUUAGAGUAGCCUGUGGUCUCAAAUUCAGGGCAUAUUUCCAGGCAAACUGGUUUCUAAGGGGAAGUUCUAACAGAAACUGAACCUGGAGAGAGGGGGUGGGUAGUAAAGGGGCCUAACCCCCAAAAGGAGAAAGCCUUCUGGACCAACUAUUGACAGAGGGGAAGGCAGGGGUGUGGCCUUCAUGUAACGGGCAGCAUGUAUGUAUGCAUACCCAUCCACAGGUACACUCCAGAUUCUUCAAGGAGCACAAUAUCCUACUCACUCCCUCUUUUUAUUAUCUAUCCGUUCAGCAGAAUGGUGCUAUUGAAAAAUGGUGCUAAUAUCUAGAGGGUGGCAGAACUAAUAUAAACAUAGAGAUAGGUGUACAAGUGGGUAUGUAUAUGUGAGACUCUACGUACGCGUCCUCUGUGAAAUGUGUAACGGUGUUGCUGGCCAAUGCCAAUUCUAUUGCUUGGAGACCAUGAGCUUCAGUUUUAUAUUAUGUUCUUUUUAUUAUUUCCAAGCCAUUAGUGUGUAUUACUCUGAUAAAUUCCUGUGGAAAAUGAAACACUGCGGUUGGGAUGAAAUUCAAGGUAGACCAGAAAGAAGAUGAAAGUAGAAAUGUUUACCCUUUUAAAGCCAGGGGAUUUAUCUCUAGAUAAUAAUUAACUACUUGUAUUCUCGGUCUGUAAGUAUAAACAUUGCUGGCUGCUGACAAUCUCUGGCGAAACAAGUUUUAGAGAGGAGAAGGUAUUUAGAUUGUUAAUGACACACGUGGAGGAGUACCUGAUUUUUUUCUAAUGAAGCAACUUGCAAAGAUUGUCCCUGAAGUGUAGGCUUUCAGGGGAUUAAUUUACUAAACUGGAUUGAUUUAACUUAACCUGGUACUGUACUAUCAUGGGGUCAGACAUAUGUCAUCAGAGACCCGGGUAUGGCCAGGCUUCCAAAUCUCAGGAACAAUCCCAGACUCCUACUGACCUCAACAAACUAAACCAGGCCAGAUUCUCAAUAGAUAAAGUGAAUCAUGUUAUUUGUGACUCACAUGGCUGAUUAGGUGGUAGACAUGUGGGGAGGGCCUGGCCAGGUGCUUCGUUCUAGGCCUUUCUCCAGUUCCUCAAAGGCAAAAAGUUGGUCUUUAAUCAUGUGUCAGUCAUGGCCAUUCACUUCCUAUAUUGAGGGUCCAUUGUGAGAUGGUUCUGUGGCAUCGGUCAUUCUGGCUCCAGGAUAAAGAGAGCCCUUGCUGUCUUGACAGCCACUUAGCUAUGGGUCAUCAGUGUUUUGACAGGUUCUGGUGCUGGCAGCCUGACAGGAGGCCCAACCCAUGCCCUCCCUGCCUCUCUGUGCUGCUUUGCCAGUCCCCCCACGCUAGCCUCCUUAGGGGUGCCAGUGUUUAAACAGGGAGACUCUGAAGGCAAGAACCUAAAUGGUGUCUUCACCAUUUCUUUGAUGCUCUCAGGGACCAAUAUGAAGCAGAAUUGUUGGCUUACUUCAUCCAGGUUCCUUUUUCUUCCCACUUUGAGCAAGUGAAAAGUGUAAUGAGAGACACUGGAUACGUCUACAGUAAACCAGAGAAGACUGUCACAGGCCUGGUGCCUAAAUACUUUAAGGUUCUAAAACCCAGUUUAGUUUACAUUGCUUUUCACAGGGGUGGAGUUAGCUCUUCACUGAAAAGCUAUGGAUUAAUUUAAUCCUGGAACAUCCAAACAUAAUUAAAUAUACUAUGAGAGCACAAUAUUUCAAGGAACUUAAGAGUAAAUAAUUCUUUAAAACAGGAAAUAAUUUUCAGAUACAAAGAAUUGCCUCCUUUUGUAGGAAUGAUUUGUUUUACGAUGGGUUUUCCAAGACAAGAGCCUGCCUCCAUCCAAUGUCCUGAGACAUCGAGUCUCCCAACUAUAGCAAUACGAUCCUUUGAGAUAUUCAGUGAAUGUUUUUGAUAACCUUCAUCAAGUAUCUGGAAUACAACUUGAGGGAUUAUGUUGUUUCAGACCAUAACUUCCUUUUCAGUCUACAAACAUCCUCCAAACUCGGAAAUCUGCCCAUCGCUACCCCAGAGAUCGCAGGUCUUAGCUCUUCUCCCUUCUGCGGUUAAGGUGAAGCCCUGGGACAGCUUACCUGGUGCUCAACACACAUCAAUUCACUUUCAGGGGAAAGAUACAUGACAUGAACUGCCUACAACCAACAACCCAGCCAGCAUAUUUUAUGCCACUCCUUUUUUAUUGCUAAUUCAAGUAGUAUUGUUUUUAGUAGUAUUCUCAUUCUUUUAAGUUACAGGCAGUCACUGGGUUAACAAUGUCCAACUUGCGUACAACUCGUAGUUACAAACCAACCCCUGUAAAAAGCCUAUUACAUUUAAAAUUUGAGGUGCAUACAAUAGUUUUAGUAACGAAUGUGUGCUACUUUGCAAUGUGCAUCAAAACACUAUUAUUAAUACUGUAUUAUUAUGUUAAAGAUGUUCUAGUGUGUCUGGAAGUGUUUCUUUAGUGUUUUUUAAGCAUAAAAAUGUACAUCAUAUACUAAGACAAAACAUUUGACUAACUGACGUUAGAUACGAACUGUGCCUAACUGUUCCAACUUAUGUACAAAUUCAACUUAGGAACAGAAAUCGUUUGUAAUCCAGGGACUGCCUGUAUGUCAUUAAAAAAAAAAAAAAAAAAAAAGUAUUGAGGAAGCACAAUUCCUACAUUGUCCUACAAUUCCUAUCCUUGUCCUACAACAUGGUUGUAUGACACACAUGACCCUACCCAUACCCUCCCUGCCUCUCUGUGCUGUUUUGCCAGUCUCCCUCCCGCAGCCUCCUUAGGGGGUGCCUUGCCAGGUACCCCAGUUUUUAAAACCAGACUGCAGUCAUAGCCUGCCUUUGUGUGGCAUCAAUAAACGGCUGAACUCACUGAUGUUUCCAUGUGAUUCAUUUACCCCUGCUGUAGUGUCGCCCUGGAGUUUAGCAGGCGGGAGGAGGAUGCUGUCAGCUUCUUCCUCCCACACUCCUUCUAGAUCCCCUUCUACUCCACCUCCAGACCAGUACGUCACCAAAUAAGUCACAUCCCAGGUGAGGUAGAGCUUGGAUCUCUUC